AAUACCAGCAUCCUGGCAGACUCGGACGUUAUAAGUUAUAACAGCUGUAAAAUAUGAAACCGGUCACCUAGUAGUACCGGUCAUCCCAUGCUAAUAACGCUUAUUACCUGAAUCGGUUAACUGGUUCAAUCAGUUACCCUACCGCCUCCCUAUAUAAACCAAAUCAUAAACUCUAAAACUCCUCGUCUGCUCACGCAACGGCUGUGUAAAUUGUUAAUCUUGAAGAUCUUAGUUAGGGUUUUUGUUGUUGAAAAUUCAAAACUAUGGAUCGGGUUUCGUCGUCUGAUAGGAUCAAGGGGCCUUGGAGUCCUGAGGAGGACCAGCUGUUGCACCAACUCGUGCAACGUCACGGCGCGAGGAACUGGUCUCUUAUAUCCAAAUUGAUUCCGGGUCGGUCCGGGAAAUCCUGUCGGUUACGAUGGUGUAAUCAGCUCUCUCCUGAGGUCCACCACCGCGCCUUCACGUCCGACGAGGACAAGAUCAUCGUUAAAGCGCAUGCCAAGUACGGCAACAAAUGGGCUACCAUAGCGAGACUCUUGAACGGCCGUACCGAUAACGCGAUAAAGAACCACUGGAACUCGACGUUGAAACGGAAGUACGCGACGAUGACGACGGAAGAUGAAAACGACGAUACCAACGAGAGAGAAAGUUUUCUUCAUCAAGAGAAAAAAAGAUUAGCGGGUGUUUCGUUUUCUGAUAUUUCUUCUUGUCCGUCUGGAUCCGACGUGAGCGAUUCGGGUCUACCCAUGAUGUCUGGUUCGGAUAUGUGUGUGCCUACAGGAAGGUUUGUUGGAGCCGAGACUGGGAACCAUGGAAACAAUGGCAAUGAUGAUGCUGUGUUCAAUGUCUCGACUGAACUUACUUUGAAUUUCCCUGGUAACAAGUCAACCGAGUUGAGGGAGAACGAUUUCACUCGGUGUUGGGUGCGGGGGGAGGUUUCUCAGAAGGAGAAUAACAGCGAGUAUGAUAAUCAUAAAACGACGGCGUUUGGGCCGGAGUUGAUGGCUUUGAUGCAAGAAAUGAUAAGAAAAGAAGUGAGUAAUUAUAUGCAAGAAGCAGUUACUACUGUUGGGAUUAAGCGUUUAUGAUCUGACUAAGGCUAAUUGGAUGUCCAGCCCAGCGUCUUUUGAUUCCCUCCGGUGAGGAACCGGUCCUUGACCUGACACAUGUCGGUUUCAUUAUAUUAUCAUCCGAAACCUAUCUUCUGUGUAUGAUUUCAGAAAAAAAUCGAGUACCCGACAGUUUUGAGUUUGCAUGGGUAAAAUACUCAGCCCCUUAUAGAGCUGAAGAAGGUAAUGUAUUUGAAAUUUAAUGAGGAGUUCUAUAAAUCGGAAUGCGUUUUUGCAAA